AUGGCAAUAACUGUAUGCUGCAUGAGGACAGGAUUCUGGUGGGUUUUCCAUAUCCUUUUGCUUUUGAUGGUAAUGGCUCUAGAACUCGCAUCCUUAGGGGUUACUAGAUGGUUUAAACAAGGAGAUGAGCCAGAAACUGAUUGGGAAGGAGGCUUAUUGGGUCCAACGCCUGACUCAAACUACUUUUCAGACGCACUGCCUUAUUCAAACAGAUGGGACCGCUGCAACGAUGGCUCAGUCACUGGACAAGAUGGGCUCUGUGAGAUGUGGCACAGUCUUUGGGCGGGUGGAGUAAUCUUCUCUCUACUGAAUUUGCCUUAAAACAUCACAAUUUUAAUAUAAAGCACUUAUUUUUUAUUAUUCUGCCAAUUCUAUAUAAAACAGCAUAAUUUACAUUCUUUUCGAGACAAUUUCACUGUUUUUCAUCUCAGCCACGAUUUUUAUCCUAAUUUUAGACAUGUGUCGAGAAACACGAGCCCUCUGGCUUUCAGUAGUCUUCAUUUGGAACGUGUUGGCCUGGCACUUCUUCGCCUUAGUCAUUUGGUCAGGACUUGCCAUCAUGUACUGGGACGAGGACUGCAAAAGCAUAACAUGGAAUCAUGGACAAAGCCAAGCUAGAGUUUGUGGAAAAGAAGGCCCAGCUAUCUCUUUGGCUUGUGUUUUAUUCAUCCCAUUUGUCGCUUUACUCCAUACCCUUGUAUAUCUAGCUGCGAAAAAACAGCGGCUACAUGAGCCUGAAGGCGAAUUCCCAAUGACAACUAAAGGCGCAGAAUCAGACAGAAUGGCCUCAGAUAACCGAUUUGAAGUGGAACACGAGCACCAUCACCAUCAUCGUCAUCACAAUCAUACAACUAAGGACGCCAACCAAGAAUAA